AUGGAAAGGGAGAAGGAAGGGAGAAGGAAGGGAGAUGGAAAGGGAGAAGGAAGGGAGAUGGAAAGGGAGAAGGAAGGGAGAUGGAAAGGGAGAAGGAAGGGAGAAGGAAAGGGAGAAGGAAGGGGGAUGGAAAGGGAGAAGGAAGUGAGAUGGAAAGGGAGAAGGAAGGGAGAUGGAAAGGGAGAAGGAAGGGAGAUGGAAAGGGAGAAGGAAGGGAGAAGGAAAGGGAGAAGGAAGGGGGAUGGAAAGGGAGAAGGAAGGGAGAAGGAAAUGGAGAAGGAAAGGGAGAAGGAAGGGAGAUGGAAAGGGAGAAGGAAGGGAGAAGGAAAGGAGAAGGAAAGGGAGAAGGAAGGGAGAAGGAAGUGA